UAGCUGGUCCUUUGUCGUAGAAUACAAAGCGAGGACAGUACGUUUCGCCGCAUGGGUGCCUGGGUUGACGAUCGUUUCGUGGAGGAGGAGGUGGUUCCCAACAAUCAAAGUACCACUUGGACUUGGAGAAUUCGGAGCCACGAUUGCAAUGGUGGUGGACCGCUGCAUGGUCGAUCGAGUGCCGACUAUCAAUCGCCAAACAACUUUACAUCGACCUGGUCAUCAGCAUCCUUGUUACCGUUGCGCCGUCAGUUCACUAGACAGCUCUAUGAAUGGCCUUGUUUACCGUUGUUUAAGUCAAGGACGAAACUAGAUCUUUAUUGAAUCGAUCAUUCCGUUGAGAACAAGAGCCGCUUGAGAAGCGUUUGUUUGCAAAUACAGAUAUAGCCCAAGUUUUUUGGGUUUUUUUUUUUUUUUUUGUAUUAUUAUUAUUUAUAUCGCAUUCGAUUGUUUGCGUGUGUGUGUUUGCGUACACGUUUGCGCAUUAGGAUUGGUGUCGCGGAGCCAAAGAUUGGAUCGCCCGGAAGUCUCAAUACUUUCGAAGGUGAAUUCCGAAAGUGUUACCAUCCAUAUUCUUCGUUUCUUCAAUAUGGCCGAGUGGACCAAGUUGAACGAUCGAAAUAAGCUAAGUCGAGCUGACGAACGAGGUAAUAAGGACGAUACAAUCGUAAAGCAAUCUUACACCGAAAUAAAUGACGAUGAGAUUAUCAGCGAAGAUUCGCGCAUGACAAGUGAUCGGAACGAUCGCGAUCACGAACGCAAAGAGACGAUCGCGGACUCGAGUUUGACUCAGGAAUUGGAGUACGUCAACGGUUUUCGGAACAAUUCGGAAUUGCUGAAAGGCUCAUUAAACCAAGAAGAAGAAGAAGAAGAAGAAGAGGAGGAGGAGGAGAGAUUCGUAGAAGACAAUCAUCAUGAACGAAUAGGGGAAUCGGGCUCAAAGAUACGUCGGGAAGCUCGUCAGGAGCUGAAGGAAAUCUUGCAAAAUUCGCAAAACUCACCGAAAAGACCCAACAGUCUUUACAAAGAAGACGUGUCGAGUCCACAGAAGCUGAAGAGCGUUUAUAACGAGAGAAAUACAAUUUUUGGUUCGCCUACCAGGAUUCUGUCGUCCAAGGGUCACUUGUCAACUGAGAACAGUAUCGAGAAGCUCGCAAACGGGAAGUUUCCUAAAGAGGACAAGCAGCAGCAUCACGUGCAGUUUAACAAAGAGUCCAAGAAGCAACAGCUACGUCAAAUAUCUGAAGAAAGACCGCAUUCGAGUCCGUCGAUCUCUACAUCGACUACAAGUAGUUUUGAAGAUAAUUCGAGCUUAGCACAGUUUUGCGAAGCGAGACCACCCGACGGAGGCUGGGGCUGGGUCGUCGUUGCGGCCUCCUUCAUGGUAAACCUGAUCGCUGACGGCAUUACCUUCUCCUUCGGCGUAAUAUACGUCGAGUUUCUGAAUUAUUUCGGCGAGGGAAAAUCCAAGACAGCUUGGAUCGGCAGUCUUUUCAUGGCGAUGCCGCUGUUGUCCGGACCGGUGGCAAGUUUCUUGACCGACAGAUACGGUUGUAGGAGGGUAACCGUAGCAGGUAGCAUACUGGCGACGGCUGGUUUCGUUAUAAGUUCCUACGCGAACUCCAUGGAGGUACUCAUCCUCACGUUCGGUAUCGUAGCGGGUUUCGGUUUGUCCUUGUGCUUCGUCGCGGCGGUAGUAAUCGUAGCGUACUAUUUCGACAAAAAGAGAUCCUUUGCCACCGGUUUGUCGGUAUGCGGUAGCGGAAUCGGGACUUUCAUUUUCGCUCCCGUCACGCAGUAUCUUCUGGCGGAGUACGGCUGGAGGGGAACUACGUUGAUACUUGCAGGACUGUUUUCGAAUCUCGCCGUAUGCGGAUGUCUUAUGCGAGAUCUUGAAUGGACUACUACUAGAGCGAAAGCGAAAACUCAAGAGAGAAAAAAGAAUCGGGAGAAGAAGAGAUCCAGAAUGCAGAGUUCCAACGCAGAUUCUUUUUCAGCCACCAGCUCCGCGAAUACGACCACGCAAACGCCCCACGGUGAUUUUAAAAGGGGUUUCGCGUCGGCCAACGCGAUGAUUAUCGAGAAUCUUCGACUUCAGGACGGCGACGAGGAGAGCGGCGAAAAGCUCUUCUCUAGCUUGGUUAGUCUGCCUACCUUCGUUAAAAACAGGGAGAAGGUACCUGUGGAAGUGCUGGAAUUACUUAGCGCGAACAAGGCCGUUUACAACGUCCUCCUGCAAAACUAUCCGAGUCUUUUGAUAUCGUCGAAGAGUUUCAGCGAUUCAGGAGCGUUGCACGAUCAGCUGAGUACACCCUCGGCCCGAUUUAUACCUACACCGAGCCCAUUAGCCGAGUUAAAGAUUGAAAACGGUAAGGACAGGGAUAUGCGCGAGGAUAAUGACGAACGAACACUUCGCGACGAGCAACAGCGGAAAUCGGUAGAACCGGCGUACUUAUGGUGGCUGAAGAAAAUCGAUUCCGAUACUCCCUUGAGGCGUUCCAGUACACUGGAACAACCAAGGAGAGUGCCUACCGCGUAUCUGAAUGACAUCAGAAUGCACAGGCACAGUUUGACUUAUAGAGGUGCCAUGCUGAAUAUCAAUCGGUAUCGUUUGAGAGCUUCUAGCUGCCCGGACAUUUAUAGAAACUCGAUGACCACCAUCGCCAAGACUAAGCUCGUCUGGUACGCCGGACUCUGGGAAUUCUGGGACUUGAUCGUCGACAUGCUCGACUUUUCGUAUUUCGCCGAUCCGAGGUUUCUGCUGUUCGCUGUCAGCAAUUUUCUCUUGCACACGUGGUAUGACGUGCCUUAUGUCUAUCUGACGGACAACGCGAUCGAGGUUGGAUACAGCGAGACGGACGCGUCUAUUCUGAUCUCGGUGAUCGGAAUCGCUAACAUGGGCGGUGAGAUUUUUCUAGGCUGGGCCGGUGAUAGAGCAUGGGUGAACGCAUCUAUCGUCUAUGCGGUGUGUAUGGCGCUCUGCGGUGCCGUUACCGCUCUAAUACCCAUAGUUGUCAACGAUUACUAUACCUUAUGUGCAAUCUCUGGUGCCUUUGGAUUAUUCAUCGCAGCGAAUUACAGUCUCACCAGCAUCAUCCUUGUCGAGCUGAUCACUUUGGAGAGAUUCACGAAUGCUUACGGCCUUCUGUUACUGGUCCAAGGAAUAGCUAAUCUUAUGGGUCCUCCGUUAGCUGGAUGGCUCUACGAUAUUACAGGCACAUAUGACCUCUCCUUCUACCUGGCGGGGUUGUUCAUCGCAUUAAGCGGCGCGUUGUUAUUAGUGAUGCCUUUGAUCAAGUUGUACAGAAAAUGCCGAGGUAAUGAAUCCGAGGAGGGAACUGUCGACAAGGAUUUUAAUGAGAUAGACAAUGUGUAAAUAUGCCGAUAUAUUUAUUGAAAGAAUAAACCAGAGACGAGCUACCAUUGUCUGCGGUUACUAUUGCGCGACUGAAAUCGCGAUAUCACAAUAGAAUUGCAACGCGACUUGCAAAAAUUGCCGCAGGUAUUCCUUAAUUCCGUAGCAGUGUCAGAGUCCGCGAUAUACUGUAUGAGAGUCGCUCGAGCCGGCUGUGGUGUAUUACAUAGUUAUAAGUUUGUGUCGAAAUGCUCUUGUGAGGUCAUCGACAAUUAAUGCGACAACUAAUGCGAGCGACUCGAAGAGUAUUAUGUAAAAUGAAUCACAUGUAGCAAAUCGUGUAUUAUCAACGGAUUCCGAUUCUGCGUGAUUAUCAGCGGAUGAUUCUUCGCUGCUAGCUUUCGCGAAGGUUACCAGGUCAUUUCUAAUCUCUUAGACAUUGCGUAAAGGAAAUUAUUUCGAGAGUGAGUAUAGUUUUAAUAUUUUCAAUAGCGUAGAGUGAUAUUACGCGAUAUGGAGUAAAUACAUUGUACAAAUUAGAGGAACGCGCUGCUCGUGAUAAUAUAAAGGGCCUGCGAUGAGAGAAAAGAUUCGUUAUAAGCUAUUAUCGCGUUGCCGUCGAUAUAACUUGCCGAAACAAAUAUACAUUCUUAGUACUGUAACAAUUACGUAUAAUUUCGAAUCUCAGGAUAUACUACCAACAAUUGAUACGUAUACAUAGGUUCGAAAUCGGCACAUCUGCGUAUGCCCUCUCUCAUUUGCGUGUAAAGAAAAAUUGUACAGAUUGUAACGCAGCGCAUGUUUGUAAUCGCUACUCCUUCGUCAAGUGCGUUGCGUAUUCUGAAGCCAGAUUGUACAAUUGACGAGUUAUUCUCUCCUCCCCUUCUAUCCUCGAUUAAUGCAAAAAGUAUUGUAAAUUGAUCACCGCACCAGAUACUCUUUGUAAUCAUCAUCAUGUAACGUGCAUCCCUCGCAAAGGAGCUUCGCGAGUCACUCGUGCAUUUAAAUUAAUUAAUUCAUUAAAAUGUUUAAUUAAUUUAUAUUAAAUAUUAUUCGUGUCUAGUUUAAUUAUCCAAUCAGAUGGAGAUAUCAAAGUGUGUUUAUAAAUUUUGCCAAGCAAUCGCAAAAUAUUACGUUACCCGGAUCAUAAGUCGUGAGUCCAACGCAGAAGAAAAAUAUCUCGCUCUAGUUUAUUUCUUUUGCUUUUUGAAUUUCUUUUACUGUUGAAUGUAAGCAGGGCAGCAACCUCGGUUAAAUCAAUUUUCUGCGGAUAGACAAUAUUCUUAUUGUUUAAAUUUUGAGAUAAUUUAGAGAAUAAGAAAUGAUACAAAUGGUUAACUGAAAGAUAACAUUGAAAGAUUUGAUAGCAGAUUUUCUCAUUUCGAGCGCGAUGCACGAAUUUCGUUUGAAAUAACAUAUGUCUAUAAAAUAGGCAUUCGUGUAUAGCUUUUCUGUGAUCAUAAACUUGCCUCUUUAUCAAUUUUGCGAGCUACAAAUAGACUACUACCUCUCCAUUACCAUAGUGUAUACGUACGUACAUGCGUGCGUGUGUGCGUGCAUGUGUUCGUUCUUUUUUUGUUUUUAUAAAAUAUAAUCUACGUGUAUAUUUGCACUUGUAGAUUACACAAGCGAUUUUUUCUUUGUUAUUAAAAAGAGGAAACAAGUAAAAUAGUCACACGUCAUUGUAGUGAUUUUUGAUUGUACAUAUAAUAAUACGAGCGAAGAGACUAGUUGUAAAUUUAACGCGAACAGCAUAAUGGAUUUAUUGAUAAAGAAGAGUUUUUAUUGCUCUCUGUGUAUGUGAAAAGUUUUAAGCGAAAUGUACAUUACUUGACGAAAUUGAAAUCGUAUUGUGCAUUCCGAUGGAAAUUAACAUAAAACGAAAUAGAGGUUUUCUAAAACUAGUCAAAAUCGCACUACAAUAUUUUAGGUACUGUCGAUUUCACACAAAAAUUUUAUAUUCCAAAGAUUUCUCUUACAUAUAGUAUAUCGUCAUAGGGAUGUCAUAGGGGAUACACGUACGUAUAACAUUAUAAUAUACGAGGCCUUUAUACUAAAACCAAAUACGGAAAAAUAUUUAUUGCUUUCAGAUAUUAAGAAUUAAAUCGAUUAGAUGGCAGAUGACUAAUCGUAUGAAACGAGAGUUUAGGAUAUUUUUUAUUAGUAUCGCACACAUAAUAAUCUGGUACCCGAAAGUAAGUAAUCGCAACAUCCGAGAUCGAAAUUUUGAAUUUCGAUCAAGCGUAUUUUUUCGAUUCUAGAGAUAUGAUCGAGAUUGGUGUCUUAUAUAAUUGUGUCAGGUGCCAAGUCCAAAUUAUAUGAAUAUAACAUAAUUUUUUUCGCAGCAUAUGUGCUCGUAUUAUAUAUCACACGCGUACGCAGCCUUAUACGGCAUCUACGAAACGUAUAAAGCAAUAUUUUAAUAUAAAAAAAAAAAGGAAAAAAAUUGUGUAUUUCAUAUAUUUACGAUAUCAGGUCGUCGGCUUUGCAGACUCUGACGACUUUCAACGAUAGUUAUUAAGCGAUAGUUAUUAAGAGGAGGAGAAUGGGACGCAAAUAAUCUAUGAAAGAAGGAGGAUCUUUAAUAGAAUUGUCAAUCGAAUCCCAGAGAGCGAUUCCUUCCAGUAAAAAAAAAAAAGGUGAAAAAGUAGCGAAGCACGAGCGUUUUAGCUGACGAUAUAAUCAGCAUUCCACUUAUAUUAUGUAAGAUUGCGAAGUUUUUUUAGAAUUUUGGCAUUCUACGAAUUUCCGAAGAAUCUUGAAAAUACAAUUAUUCGAUUAUCAAUUAUAUUUCCGACGAUUUUAAUCGCGUUAAUUAGAUCGUUAUGAUACCGAUCUAGCGUGUCUCUAUUACAUCAAAUACCUUAUAUGUAUAUUGGCGCAAACCGUUACGGAUUUCAACGUUCUUGUUGACUCUUAAAUAUUUAAAAGAACGAGUCUAUGAUUAGUCUUAUACGUGUAUACAUAAAUUCUUAGCCAAUGCCGAUUCCUAGAACGACGCGAUGCGUCGGUUCAGUUUCACGUAAAUCAUCCUCUCAUGUAUUGGAAAAUAUCUGAAGAUGAUCCGAAUAAAUAUCAUAGUGAUUUCUCGACAACA